GGUGCCUGUUGCUGUGGAGGCGGCCGAGAGGCUGGAGAGCGCGCGUGGGCGGCCCCCACCAGCGAAGAGCUUCGGAGACAAGGAACGGGGACCCCACGCCUCGCGUGCGUCAGCGUGGUUCGCCGCCGCUGCCCCCCACACCGGACCUCCUCUGGGACCCCAAGCCCAGGGUCCUCCAGCGCCGUAGUCGCCUCCAGUCAGCGCCUGAUUCCACCGCAGAUCACCUUUCCGGGUCGCCGCGCAGCCAGAUUGGGGUCAGCCGGCCGGUUGCCCGGGUAACGGGAGUCAGUCCCCGGGCGCGUGCAUUUCGGGGCCGCGGACUUCCCGGGAGAGCGGGAGCAGGGCGACCACCUGUGCGCGGUGCCCCGCGGGGAAGGCCGCCAGCCCGCCGCUGUCCCCAACGCGGCCGUCGCUGCGGAGGCCGAGCCGUCCCGCGCCGCCGAGCGUCCCCGCCAUGAAGCCGAACUUCUCCCUGCGACUGAGGGUCUUUAACCUCAACUGCUGGGGCAUUCCCUACCUGAGCAAGCACCGGGCCGACCGCGUGAAGCGCCUGGGAGACUUUCUGAACAGGGAGAGCUUCGACCUAGCUCUCCUGGAGGAGGUGUGGAGCGAGCAGGACUUCCAGUACCUGAGGCAGAAGCUGCUGCCCGCCUACCCAGCAGCACACUACUUCAGGAGUGGCAUCAUUGGCAGUGGUCUCUGUGUCUUCUCCAAACACCCAAUCCAGGAAUUCACCCAGCACGUCUUCACCCUCAAUGGCUACCCCUACAUGAUCCACCACGGUGACUGGUUCUGUGGGAAGGCCGUGGGGCUGCUGGUGCUCCGUCUGGGUGGAUUGGUGCUCAACGCCUACGUGACCCAUCUCCAUGCCGAGUACAACCGACAGAAGGACAUCUACCUAGCACAUCGUGUGGCCCAAGCUUGGGAACUGGCCCAGUUCAUCCACCACACGUCCAAGAAAGCUGAUGUGGUUCUAUUGUGUGGGGACCUCAACUUGCACCCAAAGGACCUGGGCUGCCGCCUGCUGAAGGAGUGGACGGGACUGCACGAUGCCUAUCUGGAGACUCAGGACUUCAAGGGCCCUGAAGAAGGCUGUACGAUGGUACCGGAGAACUGCUACGUCAACCGGCAUGAGCUAGAGCAGUUCCCCUUGGGUAUCCGCAUCGACUAUGUGCUUUAUAAGGCGGUGUCUGGGCUAUACAUCUCCUGUAAGACACUCAGAACUACUACAGGCCACGAGCCUCACAGCGGCAGCCCCCUCUCCGAUCAUGAGGCGCUGACGGCCACUCUAUGUGUGAGACACAGCCCCCCGCAGCACAACCCCAGCCCUAUCCAUGGACCAGCAGAGAGGUCUCCGCUGAUCAGUGUGCUAAGGGAGGCCUGGACAGAACUGGACCAGGGCAUGGCUCAAGGUCGCUGGUGGGCCACCAUCGCUGGCUACGUGAUUGGUCUAGGGCUGCUUCUCCUGGCGUUGCUGUGUGCCCUGGCGGCUGGAGGAGAGAUCAGGGAAGUUGCUGUACUGCUCUGGACCCCCAGCGUAGGACUGGUGCUGGGGGCGGGUGCAUUCUAUCUCUUCCACGUGCAGGAGGCCAAGGGCUUGUGUCGGGCCCGAGCCGAGCUCCAGCAUGUGCUGGGAAGGGCAAGGGAGGCCCAGGACCUGGGCCCGGAGUCCCAGCCAACCCUGCUCCUGGGGCAGCAGGAGGGGGACAGAGCAGAGGAACAAUAAAGCCUGACACUUCGGUGGCG